AUGGCCGCCUCCAACAGUAGCAACAACGGUCGACAUGCACAAUUAAGUCCUUCUUCUGGUUUUAGCAAUGGAAUGUCGAUCUUUAGCAGUAGCAGUUUUGGGAGCAUUCAAAUGUACUAUGGUGGGUGUCUGUAUGAAAAGCCCUAUCUAGUUUAUCAUGGUGGUGAAUUUAUGAUGUUCGAUAAUGUGGAUCUGGAAACCAUUUCCAUUCUUCAAUUAAAUGAGAUGGCACGGAGGAUUGGGCUUGUCAGAUCUGUUUCAUUCUACUCUAUUACUGAGGUUAAUGGAGUGGAGAAGAUAGUGGAAGACCGGGCAUUUUUCCUCAUGUGUGUUGACGCUUUGGAUGGCAAUAGAUUAGUUGUGGUUUAUGCACUCGACAAAGAUGAAGAACGAUGUUUUGGUAGAAAUGAUUCAUUCACGCAUGGUGACCCUGAUGAUAGUGAUGAUGAAGAUGACUUCCAUGGAGUUUUGGAAGACUGUGAGUGCGAAUCUUCAGAGUCUGAAUGUUAUUGUGAGAUUCCUAACCCACAUCAAUUGAUUAGUGCCUUAGCCUAUGCAUGGGUUUGCAAGGAAGCCAAGGAUUGA